AUGAAAACGGAAAAUCAAAGGCUUACAUGCCAGAAUAUUGGCUUAGUAGUGACUUUACAUUUAUUAAUAGUGAUCAGUACCUUCUUGGGCACUAAAGCAGUACCUGCGGGCUAUGCGCCACCUAGUAAUGGUGGUAAAGGUGGAGGCGGUGGAGGCGGUGGAACUGGUGGUAGCGGUGGUGGCGGUGGUGGUUAUGAUUAUUUGCCACCUAGUGGCGGAGGAAGUGGUGGUACUGGAGGUGGUGCACCAAGUGGACCACCAAUACCAAUUUUAAAAAUGGAAUCUAAAUUAAAUCCGGACUGUUCUUAUAACUAUGAAUAUGAAACUGGCAAUGGCAUAAAUGUUGAAGAGAUGGGCUUUGUGAAAAAUCGUGGCGUUGAAGGUGAAGAAGCACAAACUGCUGAGGGCUCCUUUUCAUAUACCAGUCCGGAGGGUAUAGCCAUAUCUGUAACUUAUAUAGCUGAUGAGAACGGUUUUCAACCACAAGGUGAUCACUUGCCCACACCACCACCUAUUCCUAUUGAAAUACAAGAAGCGCUAGCUGCCGGACAUCCAGGCGAUGGUGGUGGAGAUGGCGGUAGUGGUGGAAAUGGCGGAGGUAAUGGUGGUUAUAAUUAUCCACCACCACCAAGACAUUAG